UUUUUAAAUUCGAUGAUUUGAUAAUAACUAUGGACACCAUUCUUACUACUCGGCUAAUGUACAGAUGGGACAGUAAAUGUGCCUGUUCCAGUGUUAAUCAUAUCAUACACCUUAAAUACAAUAUUGAAAUAUUUACAGGUGAACUGAGUGCCCAGAAAGUUAGUCCGCUAGGGUGCUGCUGAAUCACAAAAAGCGAAAAAUAUAUUCGGAUAACAGUGGAGGAGUUGACACUGGGUGUCUUACGGUUUCGUGCAGCUGAGCUUACCCGAUGUUGCGGACCUGCUACCGUCCUCUGCCCCUGGAUCUACUGGCUCUACCAGGGGCGGUAACUGCUUUCCUCAUGCACGUGGUUGGCACCGCAACGCCGUACUGGUGGGUCGUGCACGAGGAGGAUGUUACGCACGUGGAACUCAUAUUUUACUACGGCAUCUGGGAGAUAGUGGACUGUGAAAAUAACACGUGCGUUAAAACUCCAUCCAAGAUGCAUGGAGACAGGGCGUGGCUGAUAGGCCCGGCAGUGUUGCUGGUGAUGGCAGGUGCGCUACUGCUGUUGUCGCUCGUGGCGUCGAUCGUCCUCCUUUGGCGCCGCUCUGUUGCACACAACCUACGAAAGAUCGCCGUGAUUUUCUCCGGUGGCGCUGGCACAGUGAUCAUUAUGGCGGUGCUCAUAUUCUAUAAGAAAAAGGCAGGCUUGCGACCGUCCGACGCCCCGGAAACCUCCGACGGCGACCCUGACUGGGCACUCUUCCUCUCAACCGGCAGCGCUCUCGUCGCCAUAGCAAACUCUGUCCUCAUUGGAUAUGCGGCUAAGAGAUAUUCCAAGAAAAAUCUUGACAAGUUUUCAACUAUUUUUGGGCUUUGGGCCGCAGAUUUGGAGAUAGACGUUAAUGCGUUGCGUGAGGGGGAGUUACGUCAAGGCAGAAAGGUGAACAUUACGUCCCUUAACGACGGCUCCCUGGAAGACAUGUACAAGCGCCCCCGAGUGAACGUCGUUCCCUCCCCACGGUCACCCGUCAGUCCCGCCCCCAGAGGAGAUGGCUACUUUUAGCAGACGUCAAUUUACCUUGUGUUUCGCCGAUGUUGUUUAGUUCGUUCGUAUUGACCGAACACACAAAACAAUCUGAUUAAUACAUAUAUUGUAUACAUUUAUGUAUAUUAUGACGCAAUUAUGUACCUUCUAACCUGUCUUGAUUUUUAAACUAAUUGAUCAAAUGUUGUUCCUUUUGUUGUGCGAUGCAUUUCUUAACAUUUUUCACUAAACACAGUAUGCCGUUCUCUCGAUAAAUGGACAGAAUUA